AUGUCGCUCCUUAAUCUUCUUCCUGCCGCCGGACACGUCGUUUACAGUGAAGGGGACGAGGACGACGCCGACGACGUUGUUGUCACUGAAGAUAGCAAACCAGAUGCGCCGGGCCAGGACCGUCCUUUGAUCCCCGCCGAGAACGAGAUGACAACGUCCCCAAAAGCAAAGCUAGCUCCAGAAGGUAUGUUCCUAGGAUAUCCAUGCCGGAACAAGUGCGCGGCGUGCUACCGCCAGUUCAACAGGAUGGAGCACCUGGUGGAGCACAUGCGCGCGUCGCACCACUCGCCGCACGAGCCGCGCUGCGGCGUCUGCGGGAAGCACUGCCGCUCGCUCGACGCCCUCCGCGACCACCUCGGCUUCGGCGCCUCCCUGCCCCCAAAGCCCGCCUGCGCCACGGCCUUCGCUGCCAAGGGCUGCUCGCUCUGCCUCGCCGUCUUCCCUAGCUCCGGCUCCCUCCGCGCCCACAGCCCAACCUGUCACCACUCCCGCGCCCCGGUUCCCUCGAGGUCCAUGCCAAGAGUGCCCGUCGGUGGUGUGGUGGCGCUGGGCUGCAAGAUGGUGGGCGGCGGCAGCGACGGGACGCUGGACGUUUGCGGGCGCGUCUGCGUCAUCGACGAGAAUGAGGCCAUCGUCUUCGAGAACUUUGUGAGGCCGCUCCUCCCGGUGACGCACUACCGGUACGAGACCACGGGGAUCCGCCCUGAGUACCUGCGGGACGCGCCGACGGUGAAGAUGAUGCAGCGGCAGGUGGAAGCCAUCCUCCUCAACGGCGAGCAGCCGUGGAAGGUCAGGUCCUCCCGCGGCGCGGCCAGGCUCCUCGUCGGCCACGGCCUGGAGCACGAUCUCGACGCGCUGGGCAUGGACUACCCGGCGUACCUGAAGCGGGACACGGCGGAAUAUCCGCCGCUGAUGAAGACGAGCGGCAGGCUGAUGAGCAACUCGCUCCGGUUCCUCACACAGAGCUGCCUCGGCUACGACAUCCAGACGGGCCACCAGCACCCCUACGAGGACUGCGUGGCGGCCAUGCGGCUGUACAAGAGAAUGAGCUCGAUGAGGCACGGCCCGCCGAAGAACGGGGGCGAAGACGAUGCGUGCGCGGCGGUGGCAUUCCCGGCGCGGAGGCAGCGGGAGCUGGAGCGCAUGUCGCCGGAGGAGCUCCUCAGCAUGUCCAAGCCGGACUAUCACUGCUGGUGCCUCGACGACUAGCCUCGACGACUGCACUUGCAUCUGCAUGUCCAAGCAUGAGCCACGGCCACUGCGAGGCUGCCCUGCCGAAUUCGAUUCUUCGGGCUUUACUUACUGAUCAAAGGGGAAUUCCAAUAAUAGAUUUCACUCAUUUAAAAAAUUGAU